AUGACGCUGUACUCCGUAUACAUCUUCAACCGCUACGGUGACAACAUCUACUACGCACAGUGGAAGCGCACAAGUGCGGUGCAGGAAGGUGAGGCUAGUCUCGUCGCGGGAUUCAUCUAUACACUGCAGCAUUUGUCAUCACAGCUUUCUUCGACAGGCUUGGGCGGAUUGAAAGCGGUGCAGACGCCGCUCUACAAACUUCACUUCGCCGAAACAAUGACAGGUUACCGUGUGGCGCUCCUUACCGACAAGGAUAUGAAUACGUCGCUAGUGCAAGGCAUCCUGGCCGAAAUGUUUCGUGAAGUCUUCCAAAAGACCGUGACGAAGGACCCGAACUACCGUCACGAAUUGGGUUGCAUGAUUACGGCUCCAGAGUUCGGGGAGGCUUUGGAGGGCCUCUUCCGCGCGAAGCAGCUACUCGAGUGA